CUUGGGAUGUGACGUCACCCAGACCUCACCAACCGAUCCCGGAAAGCAGACCUAACGCAACGAUCUCAGACUCUGCACCAUCUGGGUGUAUGCCCAGUGAAAGUGUUAAUCGUCCUCCCUCUGCCUGCUCCACACACAUCUUCCAUCCACCAUGGACCAGGAUUAUGAGAGGCGCCUGCUGCGACAAAUUAAUCUCCAGAAUGAGAACACCAUGCCUUGCGUAGCUGAGAUUAGACGAACGCUUACCCCAUCAAACUCUCCAAUAUCUUCUCCAAGUAAACAUGGAGAUAGAUUUAUACCAUCCAGAGCUGGCGCCAACUGGAGUAUCAAUUUCCAUCGGAUAAAUGAAAAUGAAAAGUCUCCUAGUCAGAACCGAAAAGCCAAAGAUGCUACUUCAGAUAGUGGAAAAGAUGGAUUGGCAUAUUCUGCACUUCUUAAGAAUGAGUUGUUGGGGGCUGGAAUAGAAAAGGUGCAAGACCCCCAGACAGAGGAUCGUCGUCUUCAGCCUUCCACACCAGAGAAAAAGAGUUUGUUUACGUAUUCUCUAAGUUCAAAGCGAUCAAGCCCAGAUGAUGGUAAUGAAGUAUCUCCAUAUUCCCUGUCACCAGUGAGUAACAAAAGUCAGAAACUUCUACGUUCUCCACGAAAACCUACACGCAAAAUUUCCAAGAUACCUUUUAAAGUUCUGGAUGCACCUGAAUUGCAAGAUGACUUUUACCUUAACUUGGUGGACUGGUCAUCCCUUAAUGUGUUGAGUGUUGGCCUAGGAACCUGUGUAUAUUUGUGGAGUGCAUGUACUAGCCAGGUGACCAGGCUCUGUGACCUUUCUGUAGAAGGUGAUUCUGUUACCUCGGUGGGGUGGUCUGAGAGGGGAAAUUUAGUGGCUGUGGGCACGCAUAAAGGCUUUGUUCAGAUCUGGGAUGCGUCAGCUGGGAAGAAGUUGUCUACGCUAGAGGGACACACAGCUCGAGUGGGAGCUUUGGCUUGGAAUGCUGAUCAGCUAUCUUCUGGGAGCAGAGACAGGAUGAUCCUGCAACGAGACAUCCGUACCCCACCUAUCCAGUCUGAAAGGAGGCUGCAAGGUCACAGGCAAGAAGUGUGUGGGCUGAAGUGGUCCACAGAUCAUCAACUCUUGGCUUCUGGAGGGAAUGACAACAAGCUCCUGGUUUGGAAUCACUCUAGCCUGAGCCCCGUCCAGCAGUAUACAGAACAUCUAGCUGCAGUGAAGGCUAUAGCAUGGUCCCCACAUCAACACGGUCUGCUUGCCUCAGGUGGGGGCACUGCUGAUCGCUGUAUCCGCUUCUGGAACACACUUACUGGCCAGCCCCUGCAGUGUAUAGAUACUGGCUCACAGGUCUGCAACUUAGCCUGGUCUAAACAUGCCAAUGAGCUGGUAAGCACGCACGGUUACUCUCAGAACCAGAUCCUAGUGUGGAAGUAUCCAUCACUCACACAGGUGGCAAAGCUUACCGGACAUUCCUAUAGAGUUCUUUAUCUGGCCAUGUCUCCUGAUGGGGAAGCCAUUGUUACAGGAGCUGGUGAUGAAACAUUACGAUUCUGGAAUGUUUUUAGUAAAACUCGGUCAACAAAGGAAUCCGUCUCUGUUCUUAACCUCUUCACGCGAAUACGAUAACUUCACUUCCUUUUUCCUCCCUGGACUGUUUCCAUUCUUGAUAACCAGCUUUCUUCCUGUUCUGGAGUCAAUACAGGAGGAUUAAAGACUUUAUAGAAAAUGGAGGCAUUAAAUAAUAAUUAAAAAAUAAAUAAAUAUCCGCAUAUAUAUUUUGGGGGGAGAGAGAAGGGACCACUCUUUACCGUGGGCUGUGGGGAGGGUUGGAUGGAUCGAUCAUGGCACAACCGCUGGUUAUAUAGCUGUUUGUAAGUGUGUGUAUAAAAAUGCUGAUGUAUAUCUUAUCUUUUGAUAUUUCCCCCUAGUGUGAUGUUGUGUAGCCCUCUCCAGCUGUCAAAAAAAUAUCAUUCAGUCCUCCUCCUAUACAGUGACAUUGCUGUCUCUUUUAAGUGGUACUGAGGGUUACUUGUGAAACUUGCAUGCAAAAGUGGGCCCGAAGGCUCUUACCACAAAGUACAAUUUGCAGUCUUCUAAAAAAAAAAAAAAUCAAACCAAAAAACAAACCUUUUACCAUUUUCUCCUAUGAUCUCGGUUGGGGAGGGCAGUAGUGUGUGCAGAGGGGCUUAUUUUAUGAAUGUUUGAUUGAAAGUCAGCAAUUCCUAUGUUGCUUGUUAAUAUUAGUGCAAUUUGUUUCAUUUUACAGAUAUUCUGUAUUUUUAAUGUUAAUUUAAUGCUCGAUUUCAGAUCAGUCUCUAAUGAUCGGCUCCCUGUGUUUAAAUUUGUUUUUUUACAUUUGUGCGUUUUUUGGAGGUGGGAAGAGCAAGAUGUCCUUCAGUUUGUUCAAGGAAAGCACUUAACCUUUAGUUGAUAUGUCCACCUCUAAUUAUACAGCAUUGUAACCUCCGCGACGAGGUUUGAGCAGCAGCCAAUUGGACAGUUUGUGUGUGCUCUCAAGUUGGUUUUGUAUUAUUACCCCCAGAAUGGGGGGAAAAGGUCCUACUCUUUAUUCUUUGUUUUUAAAGAAGAAAAAAAAAUCCCAUGCUUGGUGUUGAAAA